UGCCGCCGUCCCCGCCCGCCUCCGGCUCAAACUCCGCCUGGGCGCUGGGAGCGGCAGCCGCGGCGGGCAACUUCCCCUCAAGUCCUGCGGGAGGCAGGGGGACUAUGCGGCCCGGCUGAGCGCAGCCCCGGAGGGGAGGGCAGGGCAGGGCAGGGCGCGCGCCGGCGGCAGCAGCAGCAGCAGCCAGAGUCGCCCCGGAGCCGCCUCUGCCGCCUUCCCUGCCUCCCUCCCUCGCCGGCUGGGGCCGGAGCCGCGGCGGCCGUCCCAUGUCCCGCAAGGCCAGCGACAAUGUGGAGUACACGCUGCGGAGCCUGAGCAACCUGAUGGGCGAGAAGCGGCGGCGGCAGGCGGACGGCUCCGCCGGCUCCAGCGCGGCGGCGGCGGGCGAGCGGAGCCUCAUCGCCGCCGCCGAGUCGUGCUCCAGCCUCAACAGCGCGGCGUCGGGCGCGGAGCUGGAGCGGGCGGCGCGGCGGCAGUUCCAGCAGGACGAGACGCCCGGCUUCGUCUACGUGGUGUCGGUCUUCUCCGCCCUGGGGGGCUUCCUCUUCGGCUACGACACGGGCGUGGUGUCCGGGGCCCUGCUGCUCCUCAAGAGGGAGCUCAACCUGGACGCCCUCUGGCAGGAGCUGCUCGUCUCCAGCACGGUGGGCGCCGCCGCCCUCUCCGCGCUGGCCGGCGGCGUCCUCAACGGGCUGUGCGGCCGCCGGCCCUGCAUCCUGCUGGCCAGCUGCCUCUUCACGGCGGGCGCCGGCGUGCUGGCCGCCGCCCGCGACAAGGAGACGCUGCUGGGGGGCCGCGUCGUGGUGGGACUGGGCAUCGGUGUAGCAUCUAUGACAGUACCAGUGUACAUCGCAGAAGUCGCUCCGCCACACUUGAGAGGCAGAUUAGUUACCAUUAACACGCUGUUCAUCACGGGAGGGCAGUUUUUCGCAAGUGUCGUCGAUGGACUCUUCAGCUACCUCGCAAAGGAUGGAUGGAGGUACAUGCUGGGCCUCUCAGCUGUUCCGGCAGUUAUACAGUUUCUUGGCUUCCUGUUUCUUCCUGAAAGCCCCCGUUGGCUCAUUCAGAAAGGCCAGACUCAGAGAGCACGGAGAAUUCUCUCUCAGAUGCGUGGUAACCAGGCAAUUGAUGAGGAGUAUGACAGUAUCAAAAACAACAUUGAAGAAGAAGAAAAAGAAGUUGGUGCAGCUGGACCUGUGAUCUGCAGAAUGCUAACAUACCCUCCAACUCGAAGAGCCUUAAUUGUGGGUUGUGGUCUGCAGAUGUUUCAACAACUGUCAGGGAUUAACACCGUCAUGUACUACAGCGCUACCAUUUUGCAGAUGUCGGGAGUUCAAGAUGACAGGCUUGCAAUCUGGCUGGCUGCACUGACAGCAUUUAUAAACUUCAUUUUCACUCUUGUGGGAGUCUGGCUUGUUGAAAGAAUGGGUCGCCGGAAACUUACACUUGGUAGCUUAUCAGGUACUGCUGUAGCACUCAUUAUCCUAGCUUUGGGAUUUUUGCUAUCAGCUCAGGUCUCGCCAAGAAUCACACUUACUCCACCAGAUCCUUCACAUCAAAACUCUACCUGCACAAAAUACAGUUAUUGUAAUGGAUGUAUGUUAGAUCCAGACUGUGGUCUCUGCUACAAAUUGAAUAAAUCAAGUGUUGUUGAGUCCUCGUGUAUUCCUGUUGAUAAAGAUUCUACAAUGAAAGCAGCUUGGGGCAGGUGUUCAAAUGAAACUGUAUUCAAAAAGGAAGAUUUAUUUUGGGCAUACAAUUUCUGCCCCACUCCAUACUCUUGGACAGCACUUCUGGGCCUUAUUUUAUACUUGGUUUUCUUUGCACCUGGGAUGGGCCCUAUGCCCUGGACCGUCAAUUCUGAAAUUUACCCACUUUGGGCGAGAAGUACAGGAAAUGCAUGUUCAUCCGGAGUGAACUGGAUUUUCAAUGUGCUCGUGUCACUGACAUUUCUGCAUACAGCCGAAUAUCUUACAUACUAUGGAGCAUUCUUCCUCUAUGCAGGGUUUGCUGGCCUGGGACUCGUUUUCAUCUAUGGCUGCCUUCCUGAGACUAAAGGGAAAAAACUAGAGGAAAUUGAAUCUUUGUUUGAAAGCAGGCUAUGUACAUGUGGACCUUAUUCAGAAGAGUUUCAGUAUCCAGAACAGUGCAGGAACCGGUGUUUCACAUCCAACCUGUGCUUACUUGGUACCCAACACAGGGACAGAUUGAAGCAGACCUUGCAGGGGACUGAAUGUAUAAGCAUCAUUGUGACUUCUUCAGGAGAAGCUUAAUUUUAUGGGACGGAUCCUGAGCAGGUGCAAAAUGACACGGCUCCAUGGUACCGGGAUGCCUGCUCUGACUCACAUCGCAGGCUCUGCCUAGUGCAUACCUGUCAUCUGUUCAAUUUUAAGCAUCUGAAUAGUCCCCAUGAACUCAAUACGAUUAUUCACAUGCUUGAAAUUCUUUAUGUGCUUGAGUGUCCUGCUGGAUCAGGGCAUAGUUGGGAAUUGGCACUGGUCAUGCAUCAACUUUUCGUCUGGAAUCUCUCACCCCUACAAAAUCUCUAACUGGAUCUUCCUGGGAUAAAUUCUGUUCAGAAUAUUUGAAACAUUAUUGGAGACCAAAUUUGUACCAGUACUUUUGUUUUUGAUAAUAACGUGCAUAUGGAGCCAUGAGGCAUACUCUAAUCCCUGGAUGCAUGUUACAUUAUUUAGCACAAAGCAGGUUUUGGCAAAACCAAUUGUCAAAUUGUCUGUUCAAGUUUCUUAACAAUGUCAAACAUGUGCCAUUUCCUUUUGCAGCCAGUCAAGCCUAUAAUGUAUGAAAGUGUUGUACAUUUUCUGAAAGUUAAGUGAUGUAAAAUUAUUUAAUUAACUUCUGUUCUGAUUGCUUUACCGAAGUUUGGUCUUUACAUAAAAAUAUCUUCAAAGAAUUGUCAGUGCCAGAAGUGUAAAUGAACAAAAUAAAAGGUCAGAUAGUUAAUUACAGAA